UAUCUCCAGCGGACCCAACGGGAUGGACAUGAACGGAGCCUUGUUUCUCAGCUGCUGCCUGCUGCUUCUCUUUGGCUUCCAGCGCUCCACGGCCCACCCCGUCGACAGUCUCAGCCCUGCCAAGGAACUAGCCAGCAUGGAGGCACUUCUGGAGAGGCUGGAAGAAAAAGUCGCCCUGAUGGAGGACCUGCAGAGCGAACCGGACUUUGAGGAGCCCCAAGGCCAGAGGGAGAGCCAGGCCGAGGCCCCCGAGGACGGCAGCGACCCCCAGCCAGAAGCCAGGGCAGAACCCGCCCCCCUCCCCUCCUACAGGAGCUCCUGGCUCAAGCACAUGCGAGGGCUGCAGGCCCCCAAGAACCUGCGGGAGUCUGGCUGUUUUGGAAGGAGGCUGGACAGGAUCGGGUCCAUGAGCGGAAUGGGAUGUAAAGGUAAACCAACCCCUCGGGUUUCACCCCACGGAAGCAUCCGACAGACCUCUGAUAGCUAA